CCAAAGAGCGCACUGGAGGCGGAGGGGCAGCAGCCACCAAGCCCGCUCCCCGCCUCCCCGACGGAGCCUCGGUCAGCAUGGGGGUGACAGGUGCCAAUGGAUUUCCCUGCUGUGGCAAGGAGUCGGUGGAUAUCGUGGACACACAGAAUGACUUCAGCCAACAUCAGCUCCAGUCUCAGCCCCAGGUGGUCCAGGAGAAGGAAAGGCGGAAGGCAGAAUUGCCGGAGCAGGAACCCCAACCCAAAGAGUACUUGGACCAAGCCCCAGACAGAAACUCUGAGCUGGAGGAAGACCAGGAAAUUGAAAGGGAGCUCCAGGAUAUGCUGCAGCAGGAGUUGUGCCAGGUGCCGAAACCGGAACCGGAGCAGGACCUGGAGCCCAAGGAUAACAAGACUACCUUGGAAGGCUGCAGUGAAGAAGACCCUGAGCAGCAGAGGUACAAGGUAGAGUCCCUCCACCCCGACUCGGAGGGGAUGCCGACUCCACAGAACUUCGGAUGGUGGAGCGCGAAGUCCAGCUGCAGCAACCGCAGCUCCAUCGAGGAGGACCAGAUAUGUACUCAUCGCUCCAUCCGCGUACAGACCUCCAAGCACCUCUUCUGGGCGAACAAGCUCAUCCAGGCCUCAGAACACAGCCUACAACGAGCGAUAAACAUGCAGAUUGACAGGGACAGUGCGGACACUAAGAACACCAGCCCCCCGGGGCAGGAGUCCUCCACCAAGUACAUCCAGUACUCCACAAAGCAGGUCCAGAUCCUCAGUGCCCACACAACUCUUCCAGCCACAAGCACCCAGGACCCACCAAGCUCCCACCUGCCUGCCUCCAAUCUCUCGCCCACCCUGGGCCUGGCAGAGCUAAUCAACUUUGCAUCUUCCCUGGCCAUGGCCUCCUCCAGCAAGAUGGACUUGCCCAGCUUAGAGCACAUGAUAAAGGCUCCACCGCAAAAGGCUGAUCAGACGUCUGCAGAGCCCACCCAGCCCACCACAGGCAAGCAGGAGCCAGAAAAGUGCUCAGAGAUGCUGCCAGAGAAAGCACCCAAGGCUGGGGAGCAGCAGGCAACUCGGAAUCAGAAAGAUAAGAACUUCCCUUGUUCUUACCUUGACUUCAGCAAGCUGGGGACCAAGAAGGCCACUAUUGAAGGGGAAGUGAAGCUUCUCCAGCCACCGGCCACGUCCCCCCAGCUACAGGAAGCCAAGGAAGACUCGGUGCCGGAAACCAAGAAAGGGAAUCCAUUAUUGCUGAAAAUCCAUUUUAAGCUGUCUUCCCCCUCCACCCCAGAGAAAUGACUAGACAGAACCAGUAAAACCUCCAGUGCUGG